CAACGAUGCGUUCGGUGCGUGGCGGGAUUGGCAAAUGACCCAGUUAUGGAGGAUGUGUUGCGGGGGGGAGGGAAUUCUGUGUUGCGGGAAAAAAGAAUGAACCUAGUGAUCUACCACUGGCGCCUCCCCACCGCAACCAUCGGGGAGACGAAUGCGGAAAGUUCUCCAGAGAAACUGAUUAAUUCGCUCUGUGAAUGUUGAGAGCACGAACUCUGGCAGCAACUUUCUGGGUUGGGUUUGCUCGUGGUAGGUGUUGCUACUCCUUCGUCGUUGGACUUAGGCGCACGGCAAUGGUUGUGAGAGCUGCCGCGACAGGUCUAGUUGGGUGCACAGAGAUUGUCGUGCUUGUGCUGGUUUCAGCUCAUUGCAGUUCAUGGAUACACAGUAAAUUGCGCAGGGAAAGGUUAAGAGUUGCAGUCGACAACUGCAUGCUCCUUCGAUUUCAGCGACACCUGGUACCGCAAAUGCGGCUCACCUAGGAGCUCAUUAGCCGUUGUCUUUUUUAUUUUCAGCGAAACGGAUUCAAACUUUGCAGCCAGUUGCGUGAUUUGAGACUGUCUCUUCCCUUCGCUCUAGUUUUGAUUCGUCCACUGAUAGCAACUUGUUUCCAAAGGGUAGGUAGCAUUGCAACUGAGGGGUAGGUUGAGGUUGAGUUCCGAAUGCGUUUAUGAAGUUGGGGAUUUGGACACGAGCGUCGCGGCGUUUCCUGUUGUGAGAUUAUUCGCUGACACUGCUCCGAGGAGCAGUUACUCAAUGCAUGACGCGGAUCAUGGAUGUAUAGCUUGCCAAUCGAGGGUAUUAGGGGUAUUUCUCUGUAUUCGCAUUUUCUUCGAAAUGCUACGGCGUUCGUAAUCGCCAUUUUGAUACCGGUAUUCCUCAUUACAUAACGCUUGAGAGUUCUCAUCGAAUUUUCGAUUAUUUCGAUUUUUUCGAGCACUCUGCACAAAGAUGUGCUGUGCUCACACAUUUUGAGCCGUGACAGCGAGAAUGGCCCAGUCCGCAUGGUGGCUGUGGAAAACUACACACUUGCGUGUGAAGAUUGUUUUAGCCGUCUUGGCUACAGUUGUUUUAGUUUCCGCAGGGACAGUGCCGUUGUUGUCGGAGAACAAAUACGUCUUCAAUUCUUUGAACUAUAGUGUCAUUAGAAAUCCCGGGUCUCCUCGCGUGAUUGCGAUUUUUGUGAACGAUACCGCCGAACGUUCUUUGGAUCUCCCCUCAGAUCUCUUUGACCUUCCUAAGCUAGAUCAUAAGUCUAGCUCGGGAUCCAAUACUUUUGAGAAUACAUCCCUAGAUGGAGCUUCUUCAGGCGGUUCGAAUUUCGACACCAAUGACUUAUCGCCUAGCCCAUCCCCAGAGCCCUCAUCUUCUGCUGUGAUUUAUGAAGACGACACGUUCCUGGCGCCGCUACUGUCUGCAGGGGUCGGAGCAGGAAAUCAGCUCAUGGAAUACAUAACGGCGGCGGGGAUUUCGAGAGCUCUCAACCGGACCCUGUGCCUUCCCCCCUUUUUCUUUGGACCGUCAAAGCACAAGGGAAUCUCCGCAAGGGUCAAUGGAGGAAUGAUGUGGGAAGACAGGUACAAUGUAUCCUCUCUUUCGCGGUUCACGAGGGUGGCAUCCUUUGAGCAUUGCUUAGAACAAUGCCAUCACACGCUCGAUACAAAUGUGUACCUGAGGCCGUCCUUGGAACCCAUAGUGCGGGGUUGGGACAACUAUGAAUAUGCAAAUGAGUCUUGGAACAUGAAUUGGGAGUUCCUCAAAUGGCAAUCGCUGAAGGAUAUCAGUGACACCUUCGACGUCGAUGAUCUCCGUUGUGUUGGCGUCUCUGCUUUGUUUCCUGGAUUGCGAUGGAGAGGAGCGGUCUUAGCCGUCUCAGCGUUCUUGCAGCCCUCAUUGUCCAUCUCUGAAGCCGCAGACAUUCUUCAAACUCAUGCAAUUGGGAAGAACACCCCCUACAUGGCAGUACAUUGGAGGUUUGAGGAAUCGAGCUGCGCAAAGCACAGCAUUGGUCUGUGUUUUUUGCGCUGCACUGACGGAUCCGUGAUCGCCACUGGUCUUCGUCCUCACUCGAAAGCGAGUCUGAAAAUGCCCAUGACGAAGUGCAGGAAGGGCACCCAGUUCAGAGCAAUCGGUCUCAGUAAAAUGGAUAUUGUUAGUGCAAUUGAAGAUCGCGCUGCAAAUCAUAGCCUGAGUACAAUCUACAUGGCAACCGAUGGCUGGAUUCGUGGAACCAAAGGCCUUGCGCUAGUCAAAGAAGUGGUUCUGUUAUUGCGGAAUCGGGGUCUAUCUGUUAUUGGACUGUGGAAUAUUACAGGGUUGCCAAACUUCGCGGAUGGAACUUAUUACGAUCCGUAUCUCACCAUGGGUGGGAGACAUGUGAUGAAUAGCCAACAAAUAGCAGUCGUCGAACAAGAAAUCUGCGUGCGCUCCACCGUCUUUCUCGGCAGCGGACUGUCUACAUGGAGCCUUGCCGUGUUUCGCAAUCGACUUGCGAAACGACGAUCUGAGGAAAUCCUGACAAAGGUCCCGAACGCAUACAAAGUGGAUCUGAAAGCACGGGAUGAGAUCGUCAUCGAAGCACUUCUGAAGGACGACCAUGCCGCCGGUUUGCAGUGCCAAUACACCCGGUUCAUGAGAGUGAACGAGACUGCCGAAACAGCGAACCCGACUGCCGAAACUUCUGCAGACGAGUUUCCUGAUGGAUGGCUGGAUGUUGAGGCGUGCGAAGGCCGCGUAGGUCGCGGCGGACACUGCGAAGUCGGUGAUUGUAUUUAGGACAUACUCUCAACUUCUCUGCACAAUGUGUAUGACAUCUUUCCUUUAACACCGUAGCAACACAUCCCUCCAACUAUCACCCAUCUAAGAGAAACUCUGCACCCAGAGAAUCCAUCGUUACCACCAUAGACAUCAGUUACAACAUCGCGGUGUUCGAAGAUGAAGUCUGAAGACACCACGAAUUGUAAUCUCUCCCGUGCUUGUAAACAAGACCAUCGACACUAGAAGUCUCUUCGCGCAUUUGUGAUGAGCUCAAGUAACUAGAUUCCGCCAUCGAUAAUAUGGUGCGACAUCUGUGCACAGCAUCUUUGGAUGCUUAUAUUCCCCUUCUACUGUCUGAACAGUGAGCUCAGUUAACAUCAGGAUCAUUCAAGUUACGUAGAAACUCUGGAUUAGAAUUUGAAAAAUACUGUUUUGGGAAUUGUGACGGUGAAGAUGUUGCCUAUUCACAGCCGCUCAAAGUGUUUGCUUAGAACAAGAUUGCACCCUGGCAUUGGGCUAUGAGGGAGGCAGAGCUCAGGUAGACUUGGCUAACCUUGAACCUAGAGUGGUUGGGAAUUGGUUUCCCAAGUUUGUGUUGUGAGUCAAUGCAUUUUUGUGUAAACAAGUUAAACACUUGUCUACUUGAAACAUGCAAUGUGUUGUUAUCAAAUUCUUCUCUUCUUGAAAAUAAAUAACAUUUAGAAAAGUAUCAACAAUAAA